AUGAAAUACCAUCUUCCACCCGGGGUUCCCCUCAGUUUGGCUCACAGCCCCACUUCCCAUCCAUAUUUUCGCAUGGGGUCACACUCACUCGGGCCUUCCUCUGCAGUAUUUUCGACUGGCCCUUCAGCUCCAGAAGCCCUGGAUCUCAAUUUGGAUUUCCACGGCACCCCUAUUCUUGAUCUCCAACAAGGUAUGAGACUCUCAGACUACCGUCCAAGCCUUCCAAGCCCCCCCCUAUCGGCGGAAUGCAAGACGUUCAAGAUCAAAACUAUUGUCUCUUACCUAGGGGCAAUCCGCCGUGGCAAUGCCUUCCUUUACCUUCAUCGCCACAUCCGCGACAGAAUAUACGCCUUCGUUCUCUCAGAUCCCGAGUUCCAAAUCACUGAGGUUCCUGAUGUACGCGACAUUCGCAACCCAGAAGUCUGCGAGGUAAACAAUAGGUUCUACAGUGAAGCGACCCAAGUACUCAUUCAGAAUACGACCUUCGCGAUUCCUUCUCAUUGCGCGAUUUACAACCUCAUGGUCUUCUUGAACGAGUUUCCGGAGAACCAAGGAUAUGAAAGGGUGACGAGCCUAGAAUUCACCGGCUUGGGAUUGUUCGAGACGAGUGCAUUCUCUUCCGAUGCCGCGGCGCUUGUUCGUCGUUGCCCGAAUGUCAAGGGUAUCUCUCUCAUCAUUCAUCUAGAGGACUUGACCUUCACCUAUACUCGUGGUUGCCGAGAAGUUGAUAUGCAAGAUAUGGCCGAAAAAUACGACCUCAAAGAAAUUACUGCCUUGGAUCAACUAGAGGUAUUGACAUUGUACUUGGAGCCAUUCAUGGCGCUACAAAAGAGGGUGGCGUCAAUGGAGAGGGACAGAGUCCAUGAUGAACAGAUGGCGGGUUCAAGUUUCGGGGUGGAGUCAUUCUGGGGAUUGAAGGAAUGGUUCGAGAUGGAAUUCCUUGACCGUAUGAGGCUCGUUGAGGUACGAUGUCCGAAACUUGAGGAGAUCUUUCCUUAUGGUCUUCCUCUGGAGAACGUGGGGAAUGAGGAUGAGCCUGUGGCUGAUGCUAGGAAUGAGGACUGAAUUUGGCGUUCCAAGAUCUAGGAGUGUUUGGUCUCUUAAAUAUCUGGGCUGGGUUUAGUAACCAUUAUCUCUCCGGUGCUAUUCCACUUCAAGUCUAAU